UUAUACUGGGUUGUUGUUGUUGUUGUUGCAAGUCUAUGUUGAAGAUACAAGAAAAUAAAUAAAAGUGUGCUUCUUUAAAAGCUUGAACUUUUAGGUGGUACAUGGAGUUCAACAUGGUAUCAAGGCAACUCUUGGCACAACCAUUCUCAUGCUCGUAGGAAAGUCGGGUUCCUCUCUCAAAUUAGUUUAUUGAGCUGUUUUUUGUCUAUCUCCCAAUUUAGUGUGUUGAGUUAUUAACAUGGCUCUAGGCACACUCAUUAGUAAGCUUUUUAGAUGAGAUUUUCACACAAUUUAACAUAGUACGAGAGCAAGCACAAGUUCUGAGUUCAAAUUCUCACCGUCAUUCACAUGCUUGACCUAUGAGAAAGAUUCAGUUUGCACGUGAGGGGUGCAUUGAAGGUAUAACUAGGUAAAAAAAUGUACCUUUCUAAAAGUUUAAGCUUUUAGAUAAAGUGGUCACAAAUUCAAUCGUGUAACUGAUUCACAUUUAUCAGACGUGUGUACAUAAACAAAUUCAUGUUUUUCCCUCGCAGCCUGUAAAUCCUUUGAAUUUUAAGGAUUUUCCCCUGCUUCUCUGCUAGCUACAGCCACACUACAUGGCUCUUAAUAUAUAAUGUGAAAAUUAUAUAACGUGGAAUGUCGACCUAGUAAUAUGUCUUGCUUUGCGAAGGUAAAACAUUUUUUGUGUUGUACCAGUGUAUGUGGCACAAACUCUUUUCCACUAUGAUAUCUGGGAACUGGGGAAGUAGAAAUGGGAUUACAUGGCAUGUAGAGAGCCAGAAUUUUGAAAGGAUUUCCUUAUAAAAUGGUGAUCCAUUUCCUCGUAAGAUUUCAGUCUUUGGUUCAGAUACUAGUGAUGCUGAGGAAUUCUAGCAGAGGUUCACUGGAGAACUGAAGCACUAUCGCGAUUUGCAAUCUAGACCACUAUAUAUUUAUGCUUGUUAACUUCCAUAUAUUGUGGGCAUCAGUUAGAAUAUUCAGGAAUUGCUAAUAAGUUGCACUUGUGCUUGUUUUCAUUGAACUUUUUUUGGUUUUAGCCAUUGAUUGAUGAAUCAGUCAGAACAUUGGAUGAUAAGAUAAAAUGGUAGUCAAAACUUUGUCAUCAAAUCCUAAAGAUGUAGAAACUGGGAGCUUACGGCGCAUGGAGUAUAUGCCUUGGUGGUUUCAAGAAGAGGGACAUAACUUGCAGGAGGUUGUUUAAUGGGCUUUAACAUGCAAAUGCCAAGCGAAAAUGUAGCUAGUAAAACUAUUAUCAUUAUUAUUUCAAUAAUAUUGGAUCAAGACGGGCUUAACGAAGCAUACAUAGACGAACAUAUUUGCACAAGGGGGCAAUUUGCACAAUCAUUAUUAUCCAGAGUCUGCAGGUUGGAGGUAUAUCUCUUUGAGCUUCCAGCUUAUUUUUUAAUGUUUUACGAAGUAUCUCGGAAAUGUCUAAAGUCUGGCAUCUUUCUUGCAUGUGGGAGUGCGACAAAGACUUUCCAUUUCUUUUUCGUUAGUUGUGAACCUUGAUCUAAUAAUAUAUGGAAAUCCAAAAGAUUAUUAAGGCGAAUAUGAGCAACUUGAGGAGAAGGGCAAAAGUGCACUUGUCCAUUCGUACUGCAUUUGCCUGAUAAUAUAGAUAAUUCUGAUCCACAUCAACUGUGAAUAUUUUCAGUCUCAACGUAUCUGUUUUGUCAGACUUAUAAGUGAUCUUAUAAAAAUUAUUCUUUCUGCCCUUUCCACUAUUUGAUUGGGCAAGUAUCAAAUAUUAAAUUUACUUGUAUUAUAUAGGAAAUAACGGAACAAAAUACUAGAAUAAUUGUAAAAAGUUAUUUCGGUAGCAGAAAUGUUCCAUCAAAAUUUCGAGCAAUUAAUAAAUGUAUUUGAAUGAAAUUUAUGAACAUUGUACAAAGUAAUAUUAUCAAUGGACUAGUUAAAUAUUCUGCAUAGGUUCCUAAAUACUAGCUCCUUGGGGGUAUAAGCCGAUGCCCAAUCUUCUACUAGCCGAUGCCCAAUCUUCUACUAGAACAAUACAAAGUAUUUAUUCUCAAGUGCAACAAACAAAAUACUCCUAUUAUGGAUUGCUUAUUUAAAUGUUAGAAUUUAGACUUAAGUUAGGUUAUAAGUUAUAACAAGAAAGGACAUAUGGUGGCUUCACUUAAAUUGUAAAUAAAAUAUAAGGUCUAUCCUACUUUGAUUAUGUGUGAAAUAAGUAAGACACUUCAAUUAUUUAUUUUUUCUUAAAGAGAGUGUAAAGUAAAAAAUAGACAACUAAAAGUGAAGGAAAGAGUAUAUAUAGUAUGUAUUAAAUACUGUCUCACUUUCUUGUAUUUACUAUUUGAAAAGUCAAAGAGGUUUUUGGAACCAUGUCUUUCUUAAAUAUAUUUUUAAUAUCUUAAAUCAUUAAGUAUUAACUUAUAAUACUAUUUAUAUAGUUUUCAUGUUUGUAAAUUUUAUUUUUAAAAAUUUAUGUGCAAAUUCAUAUCGAAAAUUAAGUGUUUUAGCCCUCAUGCUUCAAACCAGGUCAAACAAAGUGGAAGUGAGGGAGUAAGAAGUAAUGAAACAAUGUUUUUGUUUAACCCGUUACAACUUUUUUAAAGGAGGUGGAGGCCGCUGAAACACGUUCCACUAUACAAUAUCUCAAGUAAGAGUGAGGAACCUUCCUCUUCCAUUAAUGUCUUUCUGCAAAAUCUUCUGCACCUCUUUCUUCUUCUUCUUCUUCUUCUUUUUCUCCUAAAAUAAUCAUAAUGGAUGACGACGACUCAUCUACUACUACUGCAUUAGGAACUCUACAAACUUGUUGCGAAAACCCACACUAUGCUUUCACCGGUAAACUCAUGCUCAUCUCUGUUCUCGUUUUCUUCUUCGUUUGUCUUCUUAUAGCCUUCUUCCACCUUUACGCCAUCCGCUUUUUCCUCCGCCGUAAUUACGCUCGCCGUAAUGCCACUUCAACCAUCACCAUUAUUUCCUCUCAAGGGCUCGACCCAUUACUGCUAAAAUCACUCCCUGUUUUUAUCUAUUCAGCGGAAUUAUACAACCCUCCGCUCGAAUGCCCUGUGUGCUUGUCCCAAUUCGAAAAUGGCGAAGCGGGUCGGGUUUUACCCAAGUGUAAUCAUUCUUUUCACAUUGAGUGUAUUGACAUGUGGUUUCAGUCUCACUCUAACUGCCCAAUUUGCCGAGCCCCAGUUCAACCAUUAGUGAGCCCGAUUGAAGUAAUGGAAAAUUCAAGUGAAGUAGAACGAGAGCAAGAAGUUGUUGUAAUGGUGGUUGAAUCUGCAUGCGAAAAAGUUCUGGUCUGUGAUUUCUCUUCUUCUGAAUCGUCGCAGUCCGAUGAUGGGAAUAAACCAGUGGGGAAUGGUUUGGAGCCAAAAGAGAAAUAGUUGGCACCAACAAUGGUCUAUGAUAAUAUAAUUUGUAAAUUCUACUUGGGUCUUACUGGUAGAUUUGAUUAUCUAUUUCAAAUCAAAUAACCUUUGCUCUGUUUUCUUUUGUUUUUCUUGAUAAGGCCAAAUAACUCCUUUCUCUGUUGAAUUUAGUAGUACAAUAUUUGGCAAUUGCAGAUUGCCUUUGCUUUAUGAGUUUAGCUAAGUAUGUAUUUUUUUUUACUCUAUCAAUUUAAAUUUACCUGCUAGCUUUAUUUA